UUCAUCCGUGACGUAAGGCGGAAAUGGAAAUCGGUGGCGGCCCCUGCCAGAUUACCGCUGAAAUCGGUUCAAAUUAGCGAAUGUUAGUUCUGCCGAUGCCGUGUCAUCCCGUCGCCGCCGUCACUUCGUCACCCACGCAGCUCGAACAGCGGAAGCAAACUUUAAGCAAGUUUUGACAGUAUGUUCCUUUAAGUGCGGCAGUUUUGUGCGACCUGUUCCGUAGCGCCGUUCCCUGGCGAGUCCGAACAGCAUGACUUCUUGAUUCGUGCCUGUAUGUAACUCGCCCCGUUACUGAAAUGGCCUUGUUGUCUUGGGAAGAAGAACUUCGAAAAGUAGAAAAAGAAUUAAUAUCCACUGAGAAGGAGAUAGUUCGUCUUAGCACAAUACGGGAAUGCCUCACGAGGAAAAAGCAUGAACUUACUGUUAAGUUGAAACAAAAGUCGCUGGACGAGAUUGCACGCACAGAUUGGAGCAGGUCCGAUUUCCCGUGGUCAAAUAGAGUUAAUGAGGUGCUAGAAAAUGUGUUCCACGUAAAACGCUUCCGUUCCAUGCAGCUUCCAGCCAUAAACGUCACCCUUUCAAAUAAAGACUGCAUUCUCAUCAUGCCAACCGGAGGCGGAAAAAGCCUUUGCUACCAACUGCCAGCGCUGAUUUCAAAAGGUGUCACUAUCGUCGUGUCACCCCUACUUUCACUCAUGGAAGACCAGGUCAUGGCGCUGGAGGCCAUGUCAUACCCAGUUGCCAUGUUGGCUGCCAACGUUUCUGUAAAAGAUACAAACCGGAUACUGAAGGCUAUGGCUGACGGAGAGGACAGCUUAAAGCUGCUGUACGUGACACCAGAAAAGAUGGCCAAAAGUAAGCGUUUUAUGUCCAUGCUAGGAAAGGCAUACCAAAGGAAGCAUUUUGCCAGGCUUGCUAUAGAUGAAGUGCACUGUUGCUCCCAGUGGGGCAAUGACUUCAGGCCAGACUACAAGUACUUGGCCAUAAUGAAACGCGAAUUUCCUGAAGUACCAAUUUUAGGAGUCACGGCCACUGCUUCUGCAGCCAUCGUUGCCGACGUUCAGAAGAUGCUUGACAUUGAGAGCUCUGUGGUACUGCGUGCACCACUGGACAGACCUAAUCUUGUUUAUGAAGUACUGCCAAAGCCUUCGGGGACUGACGAAGCUGUGAAAAAUGUUGCCAAGCUCAUUCUCGGUCGUUUUAAAGAUCAAUGCGGCAUUGUUUACUGUUUUUCCAUUAAGGAGACUGAUGAAUUGGCAGAGGAGCUGAAAGGCUAUGGUAUUGCCGCGGACUCUUACCAUGCCAGCAUGCAACCUCAAAGACGCAGCAAUGUUCAUACCCUCUGGAUGCAUGGGAAACUUUUGGUCAUUGUUGCUACCAUUGCUUUUGGUAUGGGAAUUGAUAAGCCAAAUGUGCGCUUUGUCAUUCACCACACACUGUCAAAAUCUGUUGAGAACUACUACCAAGAAAGUGGCCGCGCAGGAAGGGAUGAUCAACCAGCCACGUGUUUGAUACUUUUCCGGUUUGCUGACAUAUUUCGCCAGACAACAUCUGUCUUCACGGAGAAGUGUGGCCGAGAAAAUGUCUACACAAUGGUGCGGUACUGUGUGGAUGUGCGUGAGUGUCGUCGUGCUAUGUUCUUGCGACACUUUGGAGAAAGACAUCAAGACAUACGUUGCCAUGACGGCAUCUGUGACAACUGCCGACUCAAAGAGACAGUGAAAGACAUUGAUGUCACAGUGCACAUCAAGAACAUCUAUAAAGUGCUUUCAGCAGCAAGUGAGGCAAAGGAGCAAUUGACAGCGACAAAGUUGAUUGACGCCUGGAUGGGCAAAGAUGCCAAAAAAUGGAAGGAACGAGGGAUUACAAAAACGGACCUGCCACGGGAGCGGUGUGAGACGAUAGUUGCAUGGGCACUGCUGGAAGGCUACCUCGCUGAAAAGUUCCACAUCACUCCUUAUGCUUACAUCAGUUAUAUUCGUAUAGGUGAGAGGAAGCAAGAAAUUGACAAAGGCGAAAAAGUUCGUUGCCCUUUCUUGAUGACAAGUCUAGCUGCUCCAGAAGUCGCAUUGCCAGUAUUGGUAAAGCGCCACAAGCAAAGCAAAAGUGACCAUGCUCAAAGUAAACGACCCAGAAGUGAGGCACAAGGCUCGUCAAAGACAAAGAGCCAAAAGUCAUUCAGUAAUCAUUUACCAACAUCCCAAGACGUGGUUGUGAUUGAAUAAUUCACUUUGGUUUGUUAUUGCUCCUUUGACAUACCUGUGUUCAAUAAGUCAGAUACUUGCGUUCUAAACAUUACAUGUUAACCAUAAUAAGGCUGCUCAAAGAACUGAGAGCCAUUGAGUGACCAUUUAGUUAUCUCACAGUAUGUUACAAUUGUUAUGUGCAUUCUGAUUUAUUGUUGCUACAUGGACAUACUUGUGUUCAAUAAAUAUGAUUAGGCUUGUG